GGAGAAGAGAGAGGUCCAAGUAGAAGAGGAGAGAAAUGCUGAUCCAGGCGAGAGCUCCAACUCCGGCUCACUCAGCGAGCCCAGUUCCACAUCACCAGGAAACCACGAACAACACAGAGAGAGGAACUCAAGACGGAAACAUCACCAUUGCAUGGACUGCUUCACUAGUUUCUAUGAGCCAGAGGAGUUGAGAAGGCACACUUGUAAGGCGUGCAGCCAAGGUGUGACUUGUCCUCCCAAACGGAAAAAGACUUCCAGCUCCUUCCCACCAAUCCUCCCACCAAUCCUCUCACCAAUCCUCCCACCAAUCCUCCCACAAUUAGCUUUCAUCAUCGUGUCAGCUAAUGGGGAUCCUAGUAAACAUAAAGAUACAUGUGAUGAGAGCUUGAACCAGGCCAGAAACCCAACAGCAAUCAGUAACCAUGUGGACUUUCUCCUUGCUAACCGUUACACUUUGUCGCAGAAGGAGAAACUCCAGAUAAAGCGCCUCGGUCCCCACCAGCCACCCGAUGUAGAAAUAACAGCACUUCCCAAACACCGGAGAAAGGGAAAGGACACGAACCGUGCGUUCAACCCCUCGUGGUUCGAUAAGAAACCGUGGCUGACGUCCAGCGUCUCCAAAAAAGCGCUUUACUGCUUCCCUUGCCUUUUAUUCGGCAAGGAGGGCGCUUGGUCAACGGUGGGUUUCAAGGACCUGAAGCACCUCUCCGAAAGGAUUUCCAAACACGAGAGUUGUAGUGCUCAUCUGGAAAGCGGCAUGAAACUGGGACUUCUAGGGAAGACUAACACCGCUGGUCAGCUGGUCAGCGUAAACCCAAGCUCCAUGGAGAUACACAACAGGCAGACAGAGGAGAACAGGUACGUGCUGGGUAGAAUGAUCAAAUGCUACACGCUGUGUGGGAGACACAUGGCUGCGACGUGGCGGAGCGGCCGGGUUGAGUCGGACUCCCUGAACACAUCCAUGUUUAAGUGCAUCUUUGAGACGAUGUGCGAGGGAGACUCGAGGCUCCAGAGGCAUUACGAUGCUCACGGCUUCUUUAAGCACCCAAGAGGUUAUGUACAAAACACACUGUUUAACUGUAUGCACGAGGUGUACAGAGAGGCGAUUGCCAAGGAGGUGUGGGCUUCUAGCUUCGUAGCGGUGCAGGUGGACGGCACGCCGUGGACAGGGGAGGUCUCCUCCAGGUUGACCUUACCCCUAGGUACAGAUCUAGGAUCAGCGUCCCCUCCCCCAAUCCCGACCUUAACCAUUAGUGGGGAAAAUGCCAAACUGGCCGAAGAUCAGCGUCUAGGGGCAACAAACUACUCCUGUACGCCACGACGGGUCUCUGUCGUGCUACGGUACAUGCUUCCAGACAAUACCGUCACCGAGAGGUUUUGGGAGUUUGUGGACCUGAAGGAUAGAACGGCCGCCGGUCUCACCGACGCGGUCAAGGACUCGCUGGAGCCACUGAAACUGGAGCGCAAGCUGAUUGCUCAGACGUACGACGGGGUCGCGGCGGCAGCAGUGGACGGGGCUGACGUGCGCGACUUGGAAACUCACCUGAAACACACCUAUCCCAAUGCUAACUUUGUGCACUGCUACGCUCACCCGCUCCGUGUCACACUCCAGCAGAUCUGCUCGGCGACAGCGACCCAACUCAAAGUGUUUUUCGCGGAUUUGUCUUCGUUCGAGACCUUCUUCAAGGAUUGGCCUAAGAGAGCUAUGGCCGCAGGGUGGAAUUGUGAGCGGGAAACGGUCAGUGUGGUUUGGGAGAAUCGCGUUGCUCUUCAGAAGUGUGUGGAGGAUAUUAGGACACAGCCGGUGUGGGACCAGGACCUUAUCAGAGAGGCUUACGGCCUGUCAGCCAAACUCAGGGACACCACGUUCCUACGACUGCUGGAAUUAUUCUAUCUGGUCAUGCAACAGGUGGAUGUUCUCACUGUCAACAUACACAAAAGGGACAUUGUCGCGGCGGACAUCGAACAGGCAGUCGACCGUUUCAAGAAGUACGUUCAAGACCAACAGGGGAGAGCUGAGGCCCUGGCCACAGCACACGUAGUAGGCCCCGCCUCUGACAACGACACGAGAGACACAAAGACGACUGCAGCGGUCAUGAGGAAGGCAUGUGACAUCGUCAUCACACAUGUGCGUCACAGGUUUUCUCAAAGUAGUGACCAUUUAAUCGCGGCCAAACUGGUGAAUCCCACGCUCUUCUCUAAGUUCGUCGGUUUAGAUAGUUUCCCGUGCUCAGCCCUACAGUGUGCUGCCAAGCUAUGGCCGGUGGGUAACACUGGGAAGCUGAAAAGUGAACUGACCUCUCUGUAUCGACACACGGAGCUCCACAGUGGUACAACGGCGCUGUCUUUAUUGAAAACAAUCGGCGAGCACAACCUCCAGGAUGUUUUGUCAGAGACGGUCUCUCUUCUCAAAAUCGUCAUCACCACUCCCAUGCAGACCGCCGAGUCUGAUAGAAGGUUCCCCACUCUGAAAAGAAUCCAGGCGUUGCCGUGUUCUCGGAACGCCUCAGGAUCCGCAGUCGCUUGGCAACAGAACAACGGCAGACUGAAUGCACUGUCCGUGCUCUCUGUUGAGAAGGACUUCAUUCAAGGACUUGGGUCAGACUUUCACGACAAGGUCGUCGAUAGGUUUGUCCAAAAUGAAACCUGCCCUAGAGCCUUCCUGUUUAAAUGAGCAGUACUGCAUCUGAGAAGGCUGGGGCUGUGUCCCAGAUGUAAAACCGUAGCAUAUUCUAUAUAGGCCUUGAGCUGAAUACUUAGGCUGAGUGUCCCAAAUGGCACCCUAUUCCCUCUGUAGGGCACUACUUUAGACCUUGAGCCCUAUGGAGUAUUCUAUUGAAUACAAAGUAAGUCUAUAGACUCAGUAUGAAAGAAUUCAGUUAUAAAUAUUUAUAAAGUUAACACAAUACAGUUAUAAAGUCCAUAGAAUCAGUAUGACAGAAUUCAGGAGUGAAUAUUUUUUAUACAUAAUUCAACUCCGUAGAAGGGCUGGUUUGUAUUGUCAUUAGAGGUCUUCACGGGUCCAAAAAGUUGGACCCCGUACCGAGGACAACGAGUCUGGGUCUAGACCGCCCAGAGUUACCAAACAAUAACGUUUAUCAGCCAAGUUGCUCUUCUGGGUAACUAAUAGGUCUUUAUGUAUUUUUGUUCAGUGUAUGUUGGCUAGUCCUUCUAUAAGUCAAUCAUUUCACCAUAUUAGAUAUGCUAUAGGCUAUGCAGAGCCGUGGUCGGGUCCAUUCUGGUCUAUCAGCUGUAGUUACAUAGACCUGAGAUCCAAUGACAAUCAAAUAGGACACACCCUAUAUUGGGUCCACCCGGACAGUGAAGACCUCUAACUGACAUCCAAAGUUAACAAUAUGAGUGUAUUGUUAUGUCAUGAUCUGCUUGUAAACUGUGAAAAUAUUGUCAACUAUCCUUCAACAGAAUUAUAAAUAAAAACAGUUCAAACGA